AUGAAAAACAACAUGGCCGAUGUAAUUUAUAUAACUCCUAAUAAAAAUAACAGCAACAACAAUAACGUAGAUAUGAAUCUAGGUUCUUAUUCAAAUCCAAGUCAAAAUUCAAAUUAUCAUAGCCGCAGUCGACGUCAGCAACUACAACACCGUCCUCGUCAGCAACUGCAACUUUCUGGUAGUGACAAAGCUUUGUUGUUGUCUGUGGAAUGUUGGGAGAAUAUCUUUAGAUAUUUGACGCCAAAUUACAAUGAUUUACAUUCUUGUUUGUUAGUUAAUAGAUUUUUUUGUAAAAUAGUUGUUCCAAUACUUUGGGAAUCGCCAUUCAGUCAAUAUAUCAAAGAUAAAGAUAAUAAUAAUACCCAAUCCAAGGACCUUAGUAACAAAUGUUAUCAUAAAUUAAUAAGAACAAUAUUAAGUGGCUUAUCACCUAUUAAAAAAAAUUAUUUAAUAUACAAUGGAAUUAAUUCAAUUAGACAUUUGCCUGCCUCCACCACUUUUAAUUAUGUUUCACUUAUAAAAUCAGUUAUAUUAGAUCAAUGGACAUUAGAUUUUCAUUAUAAUCCAACUGAUUUCGGAUAUUACGUAUUCACAGCUUUAUCAGAAGCGUCUGCAAACAAUUUAACAAAAUUAUCAAUCAAAGAUAUCUUUAAUGUCAAGCAAUUGGAAUCUCUCAAAAAUUUAAUAAGUUCACAAAACAAUUUGAAAUAUUUGAGGUUGGAAUUAACUGAAAAAUUAAGUCAGAUCGAGAGUGGUGGAAUAUUAUCAGAUUAUUAUUGUCAAUUGUUCUCUAUAUUAAAAAGUCAGAAAAAAUCUUUAACUUGUCUAAAGCUUGUGAAUUUGAAUUUCCGGACCAUCACCUCAGAUUCAAUUAGUUCGUUAUCAGAGUGUGAUAAUAUUAGGACGUUGCAUCUUAUCAAUUGUAAAAAUAUUUCAUCAUCCAGAUUCUUCUCUCUCGUUUUUCGCAAUCUCAAAGAAUUAAAAUAUGAAAAUUUUUAUAAUUUUCUAAACGAUCAAGACUUCCUAAUCAACUUGUUGGUACAUUCAAAUAAAUCAUUGGAAACGUUAGAUGUUUUCUAUUUGAGAGAUGAUGACAUUAAAAAAAAUGAUUCAAACUUUAUCAAAACUUUAACCUCAAAUUGCAAAAAUUUGAAAACGUUGAGGCUAAGACUAUUACAGAACGACGAAUUGUUUAUGAUUUUCAAAUGUUUGAAAAAUCUUACUCAUUUCAACUUCUUUUUAUCCGAUCAAUCCGACUGGAGUGAAAAAACUUUUAGAGCAUCGAGCGAGUUGAUACCAAGUACUUUGAAAUUGCUAAAAAUUGGCAUUUGGCAAGAUUUACCUUCGUUCGAUGAAUUUUCCCUCAGAGAAUUUCUCAAUGGAUGCAAAAAAAUAAAUUUGGACAGAUUGGAAAUUUACUCUUUUCCUAAAUUAAAUGUUCAUUACGUUUCCAUUUUAGAGGAUUGUGGGGUCAAUUACAAAUUAAUUGAGGCCAUGGAUGAUUGGUAA